UUUUCUUGGUUUGAAGCAUCUUCAUCUAUUCAUAUUCAUCAAUCACCACCACUAAACAUUUAACACUAGCUCGAGUCCGAUGGAUCCGUCGUCGGUUACUACUGAAGAGGCGACGGCGUACAAUAGCGAGACUGUGAAGAAGAAGGCAAAGCUUUAUUCUACACUCUCUGCACUUCUCGAUGAUCCCAUUCUCUCUGAUGUAUCGAAGAAACCGACGUUAUCUGAUGUCGAUACCCUAAUCAAUUUGGAGCUCGGCAGCGCCAUGCGAAUCUCUGUCCUUAAAAAGGACAGCACCUCCUUCGAUGUUGCAGUUAAUAAUUCGGCGAAUGUCAAGGAUCUGAAAUUGGCUAUUAAGAAGAAAGUUAAUGAGAGGGAGCAAUCCAACAUGGGACAUCGUCAAAUUUCCUGGAAACAUGUAUGGAAGAAUUUCUGUCUUUCUUGUCAAAACGUUAAGAUGCUUGACGACAGCUCCUCCUUGCAAGAUCACGGCCUUCGCAACAACGCUCAGGUGCAUUUUAUCCCCUACGUCGCGUCAAAGGAAUUCCAACGACAUUCUAAAAGGAGAAAGCAUCGCUUCUUUCAUGGCCUAAACCGGAAAACAUGAGGGAAUAUCACUUCUUUUGUCUGGUAUAGUGGUCUAAAGCUUUCAUUUUCCUUCAUAUAUGACAAAAAAGGAUCAAUAUCUUGAUCAUUUGCUUUGUUCA